AAGAUGGCGGCGUCCGCCAGAGGAAUAUUAAUUCUCGACCCAGAGCUGUGAAGUUGUCUCCGUAGCAGUCAAAAGGAUGACUAAACUAUGGUUUUUGUUAACGUUUGCAUUUUUUUCGAAAUACUUUCUGCAAUCGGUGUCUGGAGCGGAAGUAAAUAUCAACUUGACAGACUUCCAAGGAGGUGUAGUUGUUAUACCUGAGAAUGAUCAACAAGGAACAUUAAGAGUACAGUUGACAGAAGCAAAUAUUUCUACACCUGUCACAGUCAUUUGCAGCACUUUGGACACUGGUCCUGGCUUGACAAGUGUAGAAUUUACAAACUCCACAGUGCCUGUUGGUGAAACAGAAGUUAAUGUUACAUUCAGGAUAAUAUCACCUGGUCGACCUGUUACAAUUCAGUGUUCAGGACAGAGUCAAGGAAACAACUCACAGUAUACAUUUUCUGAAUCAAGGGGAAACAAUGUGUCACUGCAUGUUACUAAAGCACCAACUGUUCAUGUAUGCCCAGAUGUUAUAUUGCUAAAAAGAUAUCUUCCAAAAUCAUCUUUCCAAGUGCAGUUCAGUGAGAAGAUUAAAGAUUUACCAGUUGUUGUCCAGUGUACUCCUGUUGAGGCAGAUGGUGGCCCUUCAGUGCUACAGAUAAAGUUUACAGAGACAAGAGUUGAUCCUGGUGCUGUCACAGCUCAGGUGUCUUACGAGCUUGUAUCAGUUGGUAACCCUGUGCAAGUGAUAUGUAGAGCAGAGUCCUUUAACAUGACAGUGUCACCAGUAUCCUCAGCGGUCAAUGAGGCUACCAGCAGAGUAAGUGGGACUUCUGUGACUGCAGCUUCACUGACAAGUGUACCAUUAGCAACAGCAUCAGUGACUGCAGGUGGAACUAGAAAGAGAAGGAGUGUUGAUGUUGUCUCUCCUGACAGAGUAGUGCGUCAGUACUUUUUCAACAAUUCAGCAGGACCAACUGUAACGUUUGCUGUUGAUGUUUCCCCUUUGCGGAUUCUCCCUCCAGUGGGCUUCAUCCGGGCUCCUAGCGGGAGAUUUAGCGCGGUCUUGGUACUGGACAAACCAGCUGAGGACCUCGUGGACGUCACGUGUUCAAUAGACGUUUUACCACUUGGAACAGAUUUACAGAAUACAUCAGGAGUGUGUUCCAUUCCUAGUAAAGAUGAAGUAAAAUUUGCUAACAGUACUGUGAAACUAAACAAGAAAGACAUCCAAUUCCAAAAAGGCGAGUUAUUCCAGACUUUAGAAUUAACUUUGAGUAGAAGUCCUGCGUGGCGCACGGAAGGCCUGGUGCGAAUCACUUGUUGUGGUCAGGCCACAGGAUUGAGCUUUCUAUACGUCAACCGGUCAGCGGAGGCCUUCAUUUGGGUUGAACUGCGCAAACUUCAACCCAUAGACCGGAGCAGUAUAACAAGUGGCGUGAGAAAGAGCACCUUGGUCUCUGAUAUAGAUCUGACUUGUCCUUGUAAUUUGAAGGAAGCGGUUUGUGACACGGGAUGUUGUUGUGAUCAGGACUGCAGCGAUGUCGAAAACGGAAGUUCAACUUGUAUCCCAGGAUUCUUUGGAGGCGCCACAUCAGAGAAGCCAUUUCAAUUUAGCUGCCAGGCCUCCUGGCCCGACUCUACUGAUUGGCAACCUUUCUUGUGCGUAACCAUUAACAACAACCCUCUGAUUGGUUACUUUUACAACCUGACCUCCCCGCCCUUAGCACAGGAUUCCUCUGGGUUUAACACACUAUCCGCAAAAAGAAAGAGAGAAGCAUUUACGUUCUCAGAAAGCGAAGAACGGCAAACGAGUAUUUCAAGUGGGUUUUACACUGCAGGAACAACAAUUAAAACAGCUACAAACACUGAAGAUAAAAAUUACGCAAGAGCUACACUAGGUGUCCUUUCUUUGCCACAAUCUGUCUUUAACGGUUUAUGUGUCCAGAAUGCAGCUGUAAGGUUUCUGAAAGACGUGUCGUCUGGAUGUGUUUUUGAAUCUGAGGAGUCUCUUUGUAAUUCGCAGUCACCGUGGAGCGCGUUAAAUUAUUUAAUGCCAAAUAAACUUAGUCAACCAGCGUGUCCAUUGCCCCCGGCAGUCCUGGCAGAGGGAAGCUUAGGCGACACUGUAGGGGAAAUACCUGUGAUAGCAAGUACGGAAGUACAGUAUUUCUGUAUUUCAGAUGCCAUUGACAGUGUUUCCACGACGGCUCAGAAAUUGGGAGAAGCAAGGUGUGACUUUGAUGACGGCGACUCUUUACCCCCUGCUCCAUUUUUUAACAAAACAACGAGAACCUGCUCUAAUGUAGUAACGAAAGUCGAAUACGAGUUUACUUGGUAUGGAAGGCGAAUUGACGCAGUACAAGCGCAAAUUACUCUUGGUAGCGUUGCGAUUCCAUUUGUUAGAGAUAUGGUUCAGCUAGUAACAUCCGAUACUUUCAUCAACACUGUCGGCCAGAACUUUUCCGUCAGAUUUCUUCACGCGUUGCGAAACUCUUCAAACUCCUCAAGCGUUCGUCAAACUCCAGUUCAGCGCUCAGGGAACCCAGGCUAUGUACUUGGUCGUCCAGUGCUGGGCCGCCUACUGAACAGCACAGGACAGGUCACCGCUGGAAAAAUCCAACUUUGGUCACCAAGCUCUGAUGGUCUGUGCGCGGGUUCAACCCUCACCCCAGUCCAUUAUGGAGAGGAUGCCUUUUCAGGGUGUUUGGUUAGAUUAUCAUUCGAUGACAUCAGCAACUGUUCUUUGUUACGCGAAACAAUAUUGACUCAUCAGGCUAGUCUGAUUCAAGCCACCCAUGUCGGUCGCAGUGGCAACGCUGACCUAGAUGUUCCUGACGAUUGGCUUCCAGUUAUAAGAGAACCGAUAACCAACAACUCAGGCGAGGUAUCAGAAGACGGAACUUGUUCUGGAGUCCCUAGUGGGCUGUCAAUUGAGAUGCUGGUAACUGAAGCUGGGAAAUACGCAGGAGUGCCUCAGAUGGAAAUUGUGGGAACAAGAAUCAUAUACCAGUACACUACCUGGCGACUUAGUUGUGUCAGCGGUUACGGUGUGAGUUGUUCUGCACCAGUAACAAACACAAUUGUUAAACAAGUAGUGCUCAGCCCCUCUGCCAUCACUCCGACAGCAGCAAGUUCAUUGGUCAGCGUCAAUAUUUCUAACUCAUCGGUUACACUAGCCAAUCAGAACUCAAGUAAAACGGAAAACGGCACGAAAAACGGCACGGAAAACGGCACGGAAACGAGGGAGUAUACCCCUCUUUUCCAAAACUUUAUGUUGAAAAGCUCGGUUGUUUUCAUCAAGGUUCCCUCCGUAAAACCGCAGCCGGUAAAAAGGACGGUGGAUCUCAGUGGAAUAUGUUACAGAGAUGUCUGCAAAGAAGAGCUGUUUUUUCCAUUAACAGAAGCUUAUCAUGGAGAGCCUCGUGAUAAGGCUAUUGCUCUGUCUCUGUUUCUUAUAUUUUUGGCUCUGGUUACCUUUGCUGUGACAAAGCCCUGGGGAUAGCGUACUGUUACUCUUGGUACCUCAGAGUGGUUUCAGUGUGGUCGAGUCGUAGUCAAGGAUAGGGUGGUCGAGCUUGGUAAUUGUCUUAGUACACACGUUCCAAGCAACGAGGAGGAUUUUGUAGCGCGCAAAUCAAAUGCUCUGUUCUUCAACGUAAAUAAUGUCAGAUUGCGUAAGAUCUAAACGCCCACAUCGGUGGUGAGUAAGGAAGCAAGUUGCGAAGGAAUCUUCUGGAAGGGUUACCAACAACAAGACUUGGUGCGGUAAGGAUACGAAAGAGCGAGU